ACGCCUGCGCAGUGGGGUGGUCAGGUGAUGCGGUCGGCGAAGGCAGCGGCGGCGGCGGCAGCAGCAACAGGCGGGCGGGCGGCGGCUUCGGGCCUGAGGGACUCCUGGCCGCGCACAGCAGUGGAAUCUUUUGUCCUUCAAGAACCAGCAUAAAAUAUGGCUUCCUCAUCCUCCCCAAUGGUAUAUUCCAUUUCUACACCAAUAAGCUCUUCAACUAAAAAGAUACAACAAACAGAGGAGGUACCGCUAUUACCAGGAGAAGAUAUUAAAAGUAAAGAAAAGGAAGUGAUCUACAUUUGUCACUUUAAUGGGCCUAAAAAGGGGGUGGUGCAUAUUACAAACUACAGGCUUUACUUUAAGAGUAUUGAACUGGAUCCUGUGAUGACCCUUGAUGUCCCACUUGGAGUGAUCAGUCGAGUUGAAAAGAUAGGUGGGCAGUCAAGCAGAGGUGAAAAUUCUUAUGGAUUGGAAAUUACUUGCAAAGAUAUGCGAAACCUGAGGUUUGCUCUCAAACAGGAAGGUCGCAGCAGAAAGUCCAUGUUUGAGAAUCUUACAAAACAUGCAUUUCCUAUGUCAAGUGGCUUGCAAUUUUUUGCAUUUGAAAAUAAAGAAACAUACUACGAAGAUGGCUGGAAAGUUUAUGACCCAGUUGAAGAAUUUAAGAGGCUGGGCUUGCCUGAUGAGAAGCGAAAAUGGCGAAUCACCAACAUAAAUCAGAACUACGAGCUAUGUGACACUUAUCCACCAAUCUUAGUGGUUCCAGCCAGUGCUAGCGAUGAUGAUCUGCGGAAAGUAGCAGCCUUCAGAUCCAAGGGUCGAUUACCGGUGUUAUCCUGGAUACAUCCUGACAAUCAAGCCGUGAUCGUUCGUUGUAGCCAACCUCUGGUUGGGAUGAGUGGAAAACGCAGCAAAGAUGAUGAAAAAUAUGUUGAUAUUAUCAGAGAGUCCAAUGGCCAGACCCAGAAGUUAACUAUCUUUGAUGCAAGGCCAAGUGUCAAUGCAGUAGCCAACAAGGCCACAGGUGGAGGCUAUGAAGGUGAAGAUGCCUAUCAGAGAGCAGAACUCAUCUUCCUCGACAUUCAUAAUAUCCACGUGAUGAGGGAAUCUCUCAGGAAGUUGAAAGAUAUUGUGUACCCCAGUGUGGAGGAAUCCCAUUGGCUGUCAAGUCUUGAGUCUACACACUGGUUGGAACACAUCAAGUUUGUUCUGGCAGGGGCAAUUCAAGUCGCAGAUAAAGUUGCAUCUGGAAAAAAUUCAGCAUUGAUACACUGCAGUGAUGGCUGGGAUCGUACUGCACAACUGACAUCUUUAGCUUUACUAAUGCUUGACAGCUUUUACCGAACGGCCAAAGGUUUUGAAGUACUUAUCGAAAAGGAAUGGAUAAGUUUUGGGCACAAAUUUGCAACGAGAGUUGGACAUGGUGACAAGAAUCAUGCGGAUGCAGAUCGAUCUCCUAUAUUCCUGCAGUUCAUUGACUGUGUGUGGCAAAUGACAAAACAGUUUCCAACUGCCUUUCAGUUUAAUGAACUUUUCUUGAUUACCAUUCUGGAUCACCUGUACAGCUGUCGGUUUGGAACCUUCCUUUACACCUGCGAACAGCAACGCGCAAAGGAGGAGUUGCGGAAGAGGACGGUGUCCUUAUGGUCUUUUAUAAAUAGUGAAAUAGACAAGUACAUCAAUCCCUUCUAUACAAAAGACCAUCGUGUGUUAUAUCCAGUGGCCAGCAUGCGGCACUUGGAUCUCUGGGUCAACUAUUACAUUCGUUGGAACCCUUGGUUCAGACAACAGCAAGAUCCAGUUCAACAGCGAUACAAAGAGUUGUUGGUUGUGCGAGAGCAGUUAUUGAAGAAACUAGAGGAACUACAGAUUUCAGACUCAACAGGAAUGCUUCCCCAUGUUUCUAAUUCAUCAGCUCCAUCUUCUCCAGUGCCAGUAUCUCCACGGUCACAGACAACUCUUUGAGAUGUGCACAUAGAAAUCUGAUUCCUUGUAGCUCUGAUUACUUUAAAAACUGUAAAAAGUUUAUAAAUGUUAUACUGCAGCAUGUUAAAAGGAUGCUGGAUAGGGGUGUUGAUUUAUUUGCAUGUUAAUACUAUAAUGCCUCUUUAUACAAAAAGUGAAUUAAAAAUAUUUUGAUAAAUAUAUUAUUCUAAAUUACGCUUGUGCCUUAGUUUAAAUGGUAGCAGGCUGCCAUUUAUAUAGGGUUAAUGUCCUGUUAUUCCUGUUUGAGUCAGAUGCGAUGCUGACUUUCUUAAUCACUGAAUAAAGAAAACUGUGGAAUUACUCAUCUCAAAUCCAUAUGAGUAGCGGGGGUCUGGCUUACUGCUAUCAAGUUUCUAUGGGUUAAACUAAUUCGAUAGCUUUUGUGCCUUGCACAGUAAAUUACUUAUCACAGACUGCUUCCUACCACAGUGUUGUUAGCUAGAUAGUCAAAGGCCAAUACCAGAUGAGGAAAGUUUUUGAAACACAGUGGGGAGAAAAUUGAUCUUGGGAUGUAGCACCAAAUGGGUAAAAGCAAGGCGACAACCUAUUUUACAUUCUGCUUGAUUCAUGGACUGCCAAUUAGGUGUUGCCUGUGAGCAUUCGUCCAUUUUUAGUUUCAUCCCCCGAUGUAUGUGACUGUAGAUGGUCAUUCUCCCAAUUACUGCAUUAUACAGUGUUGCUUUUCUUUACUAUCAAACGUCAGGAUCUGAAUAAAACUUAUUUCAGUGUGUUAAAUUCUGAACUUCCCCAUAUUUUAUAACUAAAAAUUUCCACUGAACAGAACUGUUGGUCUAUGUUUUAAAAAAAUGUUCAAUAAUACUGCAGGAACACCUGCAUUCCUGAUGGAGCUUCUUGGCUGCACAAAUUACCAGUAUAUUUACCUACUGAAUAGUGGGUUGUUUGUCACUAGCUAAAAAUAUUACACAUAUUAUCUUAAUUUAAACAAAAUUUGAGAUAAAUGAAAAAAAUUUAUUUCAUGGAAAUGUUGACAUAGCUUGUCCCUUAAAGCUUGUAUUCAGUUUUAGAAAUUAUAUAGUUUUUUAUUGGGCCAGCAAGAAUGACUAAUUUUGGAAUGUGCUGCAUUUUAAUAACGGAUUUACCUCUGCUUUCAUUGUUUGGCACCUUUGCACCAAUGGAUCUGAAAAUAACAUAGUAGGGUUAAGCCUGAAAAUUUACAUUGAAAUAGUGGUCAAGAAAAUGGCCUUUGAGAAGGUUAAAUGUUUGACUGUUAAUAAUACCAAAAGUGAUUAUAGGCUUUAGUUCCCAGUUCUCAAGUGCUGCAGAUGUCACGGGUCGUAAAGCAUAGUACCUUGCUUGUGCUCCGGGACAUUUUAUAUCUGCCAGAUUUAAUGUAAAAAUUAGUUUAGGAUUUCAUGUUUAUUGUGCAAGGAGCAGUUAUACCAAAAUUACUUUUCUUUGCAUCUUUAGCAUAAAAAUAACUUUCUUUUAGGGAAAACUAAAGGGAGUUUAAUUAAGUUGGCAGCACUCAACUAAAUAAUUUCAGAGUGGAUUCAAGUUCCAUUGCAGACCUUGCAACAGUUUUUUAGACUGACAGUUCAGUUUGGUACUGAGAAAGCUAUAUUGUUAAGGGUGACAGGCUUCACCUGUCAGUACCAGUGUAUGUAAAAUAUCUCGUGUUGUUCUUAAGGAUAGCAAGGGAGUUCUUAUGAUAUUGGCCAAUGUCAGUUAUUAAUUAUUUCUUAUAAAUCUUGUGCUUUUGGGUUCACCUUGUUAAAUCCAAAACUUUACCCAAAUACCAACAAUAUUUGCACUUCAAAUUAAAAAUUGACUAGUGCUUUGGAACAUUCUAAGGAUGCAAACCACAAUAUAAAUGCUAUUUUUUUUUUUGUCACUCAAGUUUGUCUCAAAUUGAACACAGCCCUAACUUCAAAGGUGGUACAAUAUCUGGUUUGUUGUCUUGAUGCAAGUUUGCUUCAAAUUCCAGAGGUCUGCAUUAAAUUUAGCUGCUUCCUAGUCAUUGCCAUUUACACAUUAUUCCACUGCAUCAGAAAAAGCAAUUUUGAGAAAUAUUUGACUGUAAAGUUUAUAUUUCCUAAAAUUUGUGUAAUUUCUACUUUUUUUAAAUAUCAUUAUUUCAAGGUUUGCUUUGUUGCUGUUGAACCUUGAUUGGAUUUGGCUGCCAUUUGUAGCCCACAAAUAAAUCAUUAUACUGUUUUCAAUAUAAAUAUGUCCUAUAUUGCAAAUCCAAACUUAAGAUCAAUUGAGAAAUGUGUGACAGCUUUAAAUCAUGACUGUCCAUCAGAUAUAACCAAUAGAUCAAAUAUCUAUAGCUGUUUAAAGCAGCAAGACCUGGAAUCGGGUGUGGAUAACAAGCAUGCAAGAAGAUCUUGGUCAUCUGAAGUUUCCGCUAUUGUCUUCUGUCAGGUUGUAAUGUACAGCUGCUUCCUGAAUAUUUCUUCUGCAAAUUUAUUGUAGGGAUGGCACAUUUCCUGCCGUUUUUUUUUGAUUAAUUGGGCCUAUUGCCAUUCAUUACCUCAGUUUAACAAUGUCUCAGUGUUAAAAUAAGUUGAAUUUGAAGCUUAGAAGCUGUAAUUGGUUUUAUAUUUAGUAAUAAAUAUGCCCAUGUUGUCUUUGCGAAUCAUAAGUUGUACAUUGUUGAUCGUUCCGUUUUUCCAAUAUUCUUACAAGAAUAUUAUUAAAUAACAGAAAUCCAGGCUGCUCGAAUCAUUUUACUUUUGGCUAAUCUGUAACUGAGUUACUUAAAUGAAGAGACAAAUUGUUUUAUCUGUAGUAGCCAAAGGCCUUUAUUUUGUGGGCUAUGAAGCAUUCAUGAUUAAUUUACAGUGGCAGAUUAAACUCUUAAGGCUGAUGCCCUCAAAAUCUACUGAUAAUCACAGAUUAUAUUUUGUAGCCAAAUAUUAUUACUGUUGAUUUCUUACUAUUUUGGGUCUGAAUUCAAGCUUGUAUAAGAUCACAAGGAGGAGUGAAUUUGGACUAAGAGGAUCAUGUAUGAUGCACAUAUUUCAUUGUGACUACUGACUAUUAAUUUUGUUUAAUGUUGCCCUCAUAGAGAAGCUUAUUUUCAAGCAUGUCAGAUGUAAAAUGAGCUUUAUAACUGCAGCACAAGUAAAUAAAUGAAGAAAAAAUUUCUAAAGAGUACUCUGGGAUUGAUGAGAUACUGUAUCUAAUGCAGGGUCGGAAGAUUCAACACUUGAAUUAGAGGUCUUUGUAUGUGUGCUAUAACCCAUUGUUCAUCUCUUUUGAGUGUUCUCUUUUACACAAUGUAUGAUUUCUAAAUCUUUCCAUCAAAUUAACAAGAAUAAUUUUUAAUGUUCAUUAAAAUCAGUUUUGACUGUUAAUGAAUGUAAUUAAAUAUGAUACAAUAGGUAAAUGACAGCACUUGCAUAUAUUUAUUAGAUUAAAAAUAAUAUUGAGACUUUUUCUUUGUGGUUUAGUUCAAGUUUGGUCUAAAUGUAGCAUUCAUUUUGUCUCCAAGUUCUUUUUGUCCUGUUUAGAUUUACUUGACAAUAAUGCUUUGCCUUUACAGAAUGGACAGAAAUGACCUCCAAGAUGAUUAAAUUCCUAUAUUCAUCAGCAUUACUGAAAAUGGUGACUUUUAUGCUUGAAACUGUAAAACAUUAUUAAAAUCUCAUUGCCAUUUCCUUAAAAAUGUAUGGACACAUUUCACCUUUAUUGGUUUGUAGCAUUUUCUUAUGUUUGUCUUUUGUGUAUAUUUAUUUUUUCUCAGGAUAUUUGCCUUCAGUCUCGCAUUCUGCUUCUUGUUUCCACAUCUGCAGUUUCUGAAAACUGCAUAUGUUCUGAGAGGGGGCAAGAUUACUGGUUAUUAGAGUAUAAAUGUUGAUACAUUAAAGAGAAUGGAAUAUGGAUAACAUUUUUGAGACUAUAGAAAUGGGGGACUAAUCUUUUCACAUGCCUUGUAUACAUUGCAUUUGCAAAUUGAUGUUUAUAAUUAAACAGUAUACAAAAUUGAUCUGUUAUGUUUGCCUUGUACAGUCAAAUAUGCUACUGUUUAGCUAUUGAGAAAUAAAAAUGAGAUGAUACCUGAA